CCGCCUCUCUCCGGUUAACGUUUUAUCUCUCCGCGCUCAAAGAGCGCCCAUAAGCGCCGGCCCGGCCCCGGGGCCGCCCACAGGGAGGCGGGCAGGCCCCGCCGGCCGGGGCGAAGGCCGGCGACCGGCAUGUGGCGGGGCGGGUUCCCGCCGAGGGCCGCGGCCCCACGGCCCGCCAUUGAGUUUCCUGAGGAGAGCCCGGAGCCUCGCUUUGACGAGUCGGACGUGCCGGCCGAGCUGCGCAUUGCCAACGGGUCGCAGAAGUUUGUGAACUUCACUUCCACCAUCCAAAACCAGUUGCUGUUGGUGUCACUGCUGGAGCAUCUCUGCCACAUGUACACCCACAACCCCGUCCACUCCAGGUGCCUCUUCCGAAUACUUCGUCAGGCUUUCACGAGGACAGGGCUGCUCUCCCCCUUUGCCUUCUGCGAUGAAUUUAGUACUGUAAGACUGCAGCAUAAUAGAGCCAUUACUGAACUAAUGAAAGCAGCUAAUCGACAAAUACUUAAUGGGGAACUUGAUAAUGGAGAUUCUCAUGCAAUUGGAAAAAAAGUGAAAAUUUCUCCAAACUCUCAAAACGAUCUGGGGAAAAUUCCUUCUUCAGUACAGUUCUCACGGGAAAAAGAAGUUCUCUUUGAAGCACAGACUUCACGGUACUUGAAUGAAUUUGAUGAGAUUGCAAGGCUAGGAAAAGGAGGAUACGGAAAAGUGUACAAGGUCAGAAACAAGUUAGAUGGUCAAUUCUAUGCUAUUAAAAAAAUUAACAUUAAGAAGGCUACAAGAAGAGAUUGCAUGAAGGUGCUACGAGAAGUAAAAGUGCUGGCUGGGCUGCAGCACCCUAAUAUUGUGGGCUACCACACUGCUUGGAUGGAACAGGUUCAAACAGUCCACCCAAAAGUAGAUAAAACAGUAAUGGAGUGGCAGCCGUUAUCUUUGGAGCAAGAGAGUGGCAAUGAUUGCUGUCACAUUCAGAGCGUGGAAAGUGACAGUUCAAUUAUCUUUGCUGACCUUACUUCGCAAGAAAAGAAGUCCUGUGACAGUGCCAGACUUGGUGAAUUAGUGCAGAACAUGGAUGUAAGGGAUGAAUUAUCCAUAGAAUUACAAGAAGACUCUGUAAGUAGUGUUAGCAGUAGAUCAACUGAUGUGAAAAAUCAUUCGGCACGGGUACCUCAUUCCAGUCUGGCUCAAGAUGCAGGCACUGCAAGUAAGUCCUGCGCUGAAGGAUGCUCCAGGAACGAUGUAGCUCUCUGUGGAGAGUUUGAGGUGGAGUAUCGCUUGAUGCUUCAUAUACAAAUGCAGCUGUGUGAAAUAUCCCUGUGGGAUUGGAUUGUUGACCGUAAUAAAAGAUGCAAUGAGAGAACAGAGGAAACUUCCAGUCCAUACCAUCUUGUGGAUGUCCGCUGGACGAUGAAAAUUUUUCAAGAGUUACUGGAAGGAGUGUGCUAUAUCCACAGCGUGGGAGUGAUGCAUCGAGACAUUAAACCCAGAAACAUCUUUCUGUAUGGGUCAGAUCAUCAUGUCAAAAUCGGAGACUUUGGAUUAGCCUGCAAAGACCUUCUUUGGGAUGAUGCAGACCAGUGGUUUAAGACAGAAAGGAUAAAUGGACUGACGCAUACUUCAGGCGUGGGGACUUGCCUCUAUGCCUCCCCGGAACAACUGCAGGGAUCUCACUACGAUUUCAAGUCAGACAUGUACAGCAUGGGUGUUAUCCUGCUAGAACUCUUCCAGCCAUUUGGAACAGAAAUGGAGAGAACAGAAGUUCUUACACAAUUAAGAAAUGGCCAAAUUCCUCAUACUUUCUACAAAAAAUGGCCUGUUCAAGCCAAGUACGUUAAACUCCUCACCAGCCAGAGAUCCACAGAAAGACCAACUGCUGCUCAGCUUCGUGAGAGUGAACUGUUCCACACCACAGAACACGUUAUUUCUAACCUACAGCAGAAGGUGAGGCAGCAAGAGGAAGAAAUAGAGAAGCUGAGAGAGAGGAUAAGACUGCUUUCUGAAGAACAAGAUGAACGUAUGAGACUAGGUUCUCCUGUUUAAUUACAGGAAGAACUAACCUCUAUGUGUGCUAACUUACAUAAAACAUUUAUUUUUUUACAUAAAAACAUUUCAGUGCAUUUUGA